GGGAAAAAAGUCGAAACAAAUUCCAGCAAAUAAAUCACGAUGGAGAGGUUAAUCGGGCUCGAUAUAUGCCCCAAAACCCAUUUAUCAUUGCAACUAAGACAGUUAGUGCUGAAGUAUGUGUUUUUGACUACAGUAAACAUCCAUCUAAGCCUCCUCUAGAUGGUGCAUGCAAUCCAGAUUUAAGGUUAAGAGGCCACAGUACAGAGGGCUAUGGUUUGUCUUGGAGUCAAUUUAAGCAGGGUCAUCUAUUGAGUGGUUCAGAUGACUCAGAUAUAUGUUUAUGGGACAUUAAUGCCACUCCCAAAAAUAAGGCUAUAGAGGCUAUGCAGAUAUUUAAGGUUCAUGAAGGUGUUGUUGAGGAUGUAGCUUGGCAUCUGAGGCAUGAGUAUUUAUUUGGCUCUGUUGGGGAUGAUCAGUAUCUGCACGUAUGGGAUCUGCGAACUCUAUCAGUGACCAAGCCUAUACAAUCUGUAGUCGCACAUCAAAGUGAGAUGUGGUUCCUCUGUUUGAGACCGUCAAAGACUUGAGAGAAGCUGGCUCAGUGAUUAGAAGAUUACUAUCAAUUGAUUGGUAUAGGAACCACGUCAUAAAGAACCACAAUGGGCAUCAGGAGGUAUUUAUGACAUGAUGCAUUAGGCUAUUUAAAAAAGUUUCACUUUUGGGCUUAGAUCAUGGUUGGUGUGCACAAGUUAUGGUUGGUUAUUUUGAUUCUGGAAAAGAUGUUGGUCGUUUCACUGCUGCAUAGGAGCUUUACAAAGCUCAAAAAGAUGUUGUAGCUGCAUGUAAUGAAUAUGAAAUAAAAAUAACUCUAUUCCAUGGACGCGGUGGAAGCAUUGGCCGUGGUUGUGGUCCUACAUACCUUGCAAUUCAAUCCCAGCCACCUGGAUCUGUUAUGGGUUCUCUUAGAUAUACGGAACAAGGAGAAAUGGUGCAGGCGAAAUUCGAAUUACCCCAAAUGGCUGUUCGGCAGCUAGAGAUAUACACUACAGCUGUUCUUCUUGCUGCUUUACGUCCCCACAGCCUCCAAGGGAACAAAAAUGGCGUAAUCUGAUGGAUGACAUAUCAAAUUUGAGUUGCAGGAGUUAUAGAAGCACAGUAUAUGAAAACCCUGAGUUCCUUACUUCUACGGAGCAACACCUCAGGCUGAGCUAGGAUAUCUCAACAUUGGUAGCCUUCCAACAAGGAGAAAUGUUGGAGAAAGAGUUCAGGUGGAAUUUGUCAACUCCGUGCAAUUCCAUGGAUAUUUGCAUGGACAAGACAAGUACAUCGAAAGAAAAGGGCGAGGUGACACAGGCCUAUGGAGAUUGUUGAAAAAAUUAAUGUAUGAAAGUUGAACCAAAUAACAACACCUUUGGCUAAUUGGUGAGUAUUCAUUAUAUAUAAAUUAGAACAAAAUAUUUACUCAUUAUAUAUGGUGACAAGUAAAACAUUAGAGAUUCGUGUAAUGUACAAAGGGGAUACUUUUGCUUCCUGACAUAUAUGUAAAUAUGAUCGGCUUCUUUAUUGCAAUGAUAUUAUACCACUUAUAAUUCA